AUGGCGAUGCGCGACUACGUACAGAUGGCUAGGCAUCUGGCGUCGUGUAUUAUUACGCACCUCAUGGACAUGUACACGCAGGUGAAUGUCUUUGUGGAUGGUAUGCGUGAGGGGCAGACACGCUUAUCGCACGAGCACGCCGAGCCUGCCACAUUGGAGGAGGCAUUUGCCAUCGCACUCCGUGAAGAGUUUAGGUCGGGUGACCGACGACGUGUCAUUAAUUAUAAGGGUGACGCUCGCACCGGGCGUCAAAUGGUUUGCUUUCGCUGUCGCAAGCCAGGACAUCGCGCGGCAGAGUGCCGUGCACCAGCGCCAAUAUCGGUGCAAGUAGUGGACGCCCAUCAUGAGGGUGCUGUACCGGCCGCACGUCCAAAAAACGGGCGGGACCAGUAG